GAGCAUACAACCCUGGAUGCAGCCACACCUCCCCUCACACAACCUCUCAGCAUCCCGUCAGGCUGGGCAGACAGAGCUGUUACACACUGAGAGCCAGGGCUGUCCUGUUUGAGGAGGGACAGGGCCGAUACUGAGAAGAAGAUUAAAAAAGACAGAGGGCUUCGUGCACUGCACAGGUUAGCUGCUGAGUCUUGGCUUCAGAGGUCGUGUAUGAUGCGUUUGGCUGAUGAACAGAAAUCUCCAGAGGAAGAAAUGAGUUUCGGGGCAGCGUGUAUUUUCCUGCGAGGAGGGAAAAAUAUUUCAAGAGAACUGGCUGAUGAUGAGAUUGAUGAGCUGCGUGAUGCAUUCAAUGAAUUUGAUAAAGACAAGGACGGGCUGAUCAGCUGUAAGGACCUGGGGAAUCUGAUGAGGACAAUGGGCUACAUGCCUACAGAGAUGGAGCUGAUCGAGCUGAGCCAGAACAUCAACAUGAACCUUGGUGGGAGAGUUGACUUUGAGGACUUCGUAGAGCUCAUGGCCCCGAAGCUUCUGGCAGAAACAGCUGGGAUGAUUGGCAUGAAAGAGCUCAAAGACGCCUUUAAAGAGUUCGACAUGGACGGAGAUGGAGAGAUCACAACAGAGGAGCUGCGGUCAGCCAUGACCAAGCUGAUGGGAGAGCACAUGAGCCAGAGAGAGAUAGAUGCCAUAGUAAAAGAAGCAGAUGAUAACGGAGAUGGCACAGUAGACUUUGAAGAGUUCGUCAGAAUGAUGUCCCAUCAAUGACAGUCGAGGAGGCCGUCAGUCAAGAAAGCACCUUUGCACCUCUACAGACGUGCAUUAAUAUUGACACUGUCUUUCAAUGAGGCUCUUUGACAGAUUCACUUGUACAUGCUAAGAAGAAACCCUUAAUAAUGUUAAAAAUUCAAAGAAAGUGCUGCGAAGAAAAGUCAAGUAAUAUCAAGUCGCUCCCAGAGAGAAUUUUACAGCUAUGCAAAGACUGACAAUCAUGUACUGAGACAUUUUUUUAAAUGUAAGAUUAUGGAUUGAAUUUAAUUUUUGAACUGUAUGUAUUGCUAAUGAGACAUAUUUAUUCUUUACUGAAUCAUUCUGACAGUGUUGCAUCAUUCUUAUCACUGUGAAACAAUGUAAUGCAAGAUUAGAUAAAAGGUUAUCAAGCAUUUAUUAACAGUUAAAAUACUAAUCUGUAUAGAUUAUGUACUUAUACAGUCCUUAGCCUAGGCUUGUUGUAAUGUGUAACUUGUUGGACUACAUAAUUAAUUUAUGAAAUCCAGCAAGUUCAAUCUUGGUAACUGAUGCAAAAUAAAACAUCUAAGUAUA